GUCGUUUUAUCAAUGACAUGGUUCGCGGUUAUCAAGAUUUGCCAUUGUGACAUCUUCGAAUGAUUUUCAGCGGAAAGUUCAUUGAAAUGGGCUCGAAAUAAUGAUGACCCAUCAUCGAGCACUAGGCAGCUUCAUGCGAAUUUGAAAGGAAAAGAAAGGGCGAUUCAAAAAGCUGACUCGGUCCAAGAAGUCCAUGUGCAGAUGGAGCUCAAUGAUCAAUUUCGGCAACCUGUCCGAGCUGUAACCCGUGAAAAAGAAGCUGCGAGGAAUCCAAUAAUGCCGUAAUCAACAUCCAUGUUGGCCCCAUUCCCUCACCGUGUACCACCGUUCGAUUAACAUCGCUCGCUUACCUAGCCAACAAGGAAAACCAAGUCUUCGUCUUCCUAAUUGACUGCCCAAUAGAAAAAACAAGAGAUCAAGUCUUUUUAUACUAUAAUUUCUAGGCUGCUGGUGAAUUGUCUCUUCUGGGUGCUAUGGUCUCCUCUCUAAUGGUCCUGGAACAAAAGAGAAGCCAAAGCUUCCUCAUCUGCGAGAUGGAACUUUUAGCUUUGAAUCUACCCCAGAAUAGCAGAUAGUUUUUUUGGGAAUUAAGCACAGAUGUCCACAGAAUCAAACUCCCACGGCAACCACAGCGCAGAGAACGGAAGCUCCAUUCACCAUGCCGUCCAAAUCGAUGCGAGUUUCUUAUCAGAAGUGGAAGGGAAAAUGCAGGAAUUGCCGAGGCUCUUGAGCAGGUCGGCAGGAAGAGAUUCUUGCUGCAUCUUCAGAGUCCCUCAGAGCCUAUCGGAGAUCAAUGAAAAGGCCUACCAGCCUCAUAUCGUCUCCAUCGGUCCCUUCCACCAUGGGGAGCCGGACUUCCAGAUGAUCCAGGAGCACAAAUGGCGGUUCCUGAGCGAUCUCCUAUUGCGGGCAAAGAGCAAGGGAGUUGUGCUCGAGGACUUCUUCAAGGCAGUAGCUCGGAUGGAGGAGCGCAUCCGGAAGAGCUAUUCGAAGACCUUGGAAUUCGAUGGCCAGGACCUCAUCCGGAUGAUGGUGCUCGAUGGUUGCUUCAUCAUCGAGCUGUUCUGCAAAGUCGAGAGGAUAGUCCCGGCCGAUCACGAAGACCCUUUAUUCACUAUGGCUUGGGUUUUGCCUUUCUUAAUGAGGGAUCUCCUCCGCCUCGAGAACCAAAUUCCUUAUUUCGUUCUGCAGGAGUUAUUUGAUCUGUCUGUUGGAUCCGGAAGCCACUCCUUGGCCAAGCUUGCCUUGGGGUUCUUCAACUACAUGGUGCAGAGACCGUUACAUGUGUUGAAGAAGUACUACGAUAAAGAAGGCAUGCAUUUACUUGAUUUGUUCCGCAUGAGCUAUAUCCCCGAUUGCCAGGAGGAAGAAAGGAGGCCAAGCAGAUUCCUUCGCCGGAUUCGGUGUGCAAAGAAGCUCAAUCAAGCCGGAGUCCGGUUCAAGCCGAGGAAGACUCGCAGCAUCUUGGACAUCAAAUUCAAAAAUGGCGUCCUCGAGAUCCCAGUCUUGACUAUUGACGACUUCUGGAGCUCUUUGUUCCUCAAUUUUGUUGCUUUUGAGCAGUGCUAUAGCCAUUCCACCAAGUACAUCACAACCUAUGCUACUCUUAUGGGGUGUCUCAUCAAUACACCUGCUGAUGCUGGGUUCCUCGACGACCACAAGAUCAUCGAGAAUUAUUUUGGGACAGAUGUGGAAGUUGCCCGUUUCUUCAAUAAUGUUGGGAAAGAUGUUGUGUUUGAUAUUCGCAGGAGCUAUUUGUCGAAGGUCUUUGAGGAGGUGAACGAGUAUUAUCAGAAUGAAUGGCAUGUCCGAUGGGCUGGGUUCAGGCACACAUACUUCAACACUCCAUGGUCCUUCGUGUCAGCUGCUGCAGCUGUGGUGCUUCUGCUGCUUACCAUGAUUCAGUCUUUCUAUGCAAUUUAUGCAUAUCAAAAUCCUCCCAAAAAUCAUUAGUGAUGUUUGCUAUACAAAAUGCAAUACCGCACUUGAAAUUUGUAGAUCAGAAUAUCAAAGCUCAGAUGUGAUUAUGAAA